AUGAUCUCCAGAGCUGCCGUGGCUCCCACAGCCCACUCCCUCCCUUACAUCUCGUCUCGCGCCCUGUCCUCCGCCUCCGCCGCAGCUCUCCCUCGCUUGACAACUGCACAGCAAUCCGCCGCCAAACAGGCGCCAUCCCCGGCGCAGAAGCAGCAGCAGCCUCAGCAAUUAGCACAGCAGCAGACGCAGACGCAGCGGAGAGGCUUUGCUACCGUCCAGGAUGCCGCUGCCACGCCUCCACCAAGAGUUCACGGUGGAUUGAAGGACCAGGACCGGAUAUUUCAGAAUUUGUAUGGACGACAUCCCCCCGAUCUGAAGCACGCGAUGAAAUGCGGCGACUGGCACAAGACGAAAGAGAUCAUUCUCAAGGGCCACGAUUGGAUUAUUUCUGAGAUCAAAACAUCUGGUCUUAGAGGCCGAGGUGGUGCUGGAUUUCCUUCUGGCUUGAAAUGGUCGUUUAUGAACUUCAAGGACUGGGACAAGGAUACCAAGCCUAGAUACCUCGUCGUGAACGCUGAUGAGGGUGAACCCGGAACAUGCAAGGACCGUGAGAUCAUGCGCAAGGACCCUCACAAGCUCAUCGAGGGAUGUCUCGUUUCCGGACGCGCCAUGAAUGCCACAGCAGCCUACAUCUACAUUCGAGGUGAAUUUUACGAGGAGGCCACGGUUCUACAACAGGCCAUCAACGAAGCCUAUGCAGCUGGUCUAAUCGGGAAGAAUGCUUGCGGGUCUGGCUAUGACUUCGAUGUUUACAUCCACCGUGGAAUGGGCGCAUACAUCUGUGGAGAAGAAACUGCGUUGAUUGAGUCAAUUGAAGGCAAAGCAGGCAAGCCCCGUCUAAAGCCUCCAUUCCCUGCUGCCGUCGGUCUUUUCGGUUGCCCUAGCACCGUCACCAAUGUCGAAACUGUCGCCGUGGCCCCCACAAUCUGCCGUCGUGGUGGUAAAUGGUUUGCUGGUUUCGGACGUGAAAGAAACCAGGGAACCAAAUUAUAUUGUAUCUCAGGACACGUCAACAACCCAUGUACCGUCGAGGAGGAAAUGUCUAUCCCUCUCCGUGAGCUGAUUGACCGUCACUGUGGUGGUGUACGUGGCGGAUGGGAUAACCUCCUUGCCGUCAUUCCAGGUGGUUCCUCCACCCCCGUCCUCCCUAAGCACGUUUGUGACGACCAAAUAAUGGACUUCGAUGCCCUCAAGGACUCACAAUCAGGUCUUGGAACCGCCGCCGUCAUCGUUAUGGACAAAUCCACCGACAUUGUUCGUGCAAUUUCCCGACUAUCAGCUUUCUACCGCCACGAAAGUUGCGGUCAAUGUACCCCGUGCCGUGAAGGAAGCAAAUGGACCCUGCAAAUGAUGGAACGAUUCGAACGUGGCCAGGCUCGCGAACGUGAAAUCGAUAUGCUUCAGGAACUAACCAAGCAAGUCGAGGGCCACACCAUUUGUGCUUUGGGUGAGGCUUUUGCCUGGCCCAUCCAGGGAUUGAUCCGUCACUUCAGACCAGAGCUCGAGGCAAGGAUACGUCAGAAUGCGGAGGCAAACGGAGGCAAGGAGGUCUUUGCUGGUGGCUGGGCUCCAAACACCCGCCUAGAAGGUAAAUUGAUCGCUCCCGGACAGUAG